UCAGAAGACCCGAAUUCAGUGACCUCCAAAAAGGUGCGCGAUCACCGCGUGGUUCCCAGCUCACAAGUUCGAAUCUCAGCUGAGGUUGCGUCGUUGUCUCAACUCCCUUUCUGGAAGUCAACGCAGUUCCUGGAGGUCCGGCAUGGCAGCGAUCACGAGGCAGCUCGUCCAGGGCGCCAUGGCGCUUCCUGCGCGAGGGUGCUGCCGCCUAAAUUCGCCGCAGCCGCUGCUGCAACGAGCCGGUUACACGAACAGCACGCCGGUCUCAUUCAGUCUUCGAGUUCUGCAACGAGCUGGUCUAGCAACCUCGGCUACGAAAACUUCGGCAAAAAUGACGAACCCGAAAGUAUUCAUGGAUAUCAAGGCCGACGACCAGCCUCUCGGUCGCAUCAUUAUGGAGCUCCGCGCCGACGUCGUCCCGAGAACCGCUGAGAACUUCCGCGCCCUGUGCACCGGAGAGAAGGGCAAGGGAUACAAGGGAUCCGUUUUCCACCGUAUCAUCCCGAACUUCAUGUGCCAAGGAGGUGAUUUCACCCGAGGGAACGGAACUGGAGGUGAAUCAAUCUAUGGCGCCAAGUUCGAGGAUGAGAACUUCAACCUGAAGCACACCGGGCCCGGAAUCCUCUCGAUGGCUAACGCCGGACCCCACACCAACGGGUCACAGUUCUUCCUGUGCACCGUCAAGACCGCCUGGUUGGACGGAAAGCACGUCGUUUUCGGCUCUGUCGUGGAAGGUAUGGAUGUCGUCAAGCAGAUGGAGAGUUUCGGAACCCAAUCUGGUGCCACGAAGAAACGUAUCACCAUCGCUGACUGUGGACAGUUGUAAAUGAUUUGAGAGGGGACGUUUAAUAACUCUAUGAAUCUUCGCUCUGUUUGGCUCAUGGUGUGACCGAAUUAUCCGAAUCCUGAAAGAAAUCCGUGAAUUUGCAUCGCUGUGAACGAUGAGAAAAGACGCGAGAGCCUGGGAAUAAAUUACUCCUUUUUACACAC